AUGCAGUCCAUAAGCCGUGCCAUGAAGCGCAUAUCCUUCCUCCGUGCCAAACCUCUCCAGCUCUCACCACCAGUCUCGGGGACUUCCAUUCAUCAUUGCGAACUGGUGGAUGAAGAAAUCUGUCCUGGAUAUCGAUGGCAGGCUGAGCGCCUUGUUGCUCUAAAAAUUAUCAAUAACGACAAUCCCAAAGGCGCCUACCCCUCGCACCGCGGUCGUCCGGUGAUUCGCAAUUACCUUGACGACUUUGAAGUAACAGGUCCUAUUCUCCAAAAACGGUGUGAAGUCGAGAGAUUUCCUCUGUCAAUAGCUAAAGCGUAUAUUCUUAUUAUCUUAGCCGGCCUCGAUUACCUACACUCUGAAUGCAGGGUUGUCCACACUGACUUGAAACUGGACAAUAUACUCGUCACUUUUGAAAGGGAAGGCAUCCUCCCGAGAUUCUCUAUGCAAAGCAAAACCGAUCCAAAUACCGGGCGAGUUGUCUAUCGGUGUCACAACGACUUCGGACCUCUUGACUCGAGUAGACUAGGCAAUAUGUUUCCCCAAAUAACCGAUUUUGGUGCGGCGACUCUCCUCAGCAACGACAGGCACGAUGGCACUGUUCAACUUGGUACCAGUCCCAUACAACCCGACCAUUAUCGUGCGCCAGAAGUUGUCCUUGGUUGCGGUUGGAGCUUCAGUGCCGAUAUAUGGAAUUUGGGAGUUAUGCUGUGGAAUCUAAUUGAGGAUACGGAGCUAUUUACGCAGGUGCAAGAUGCACAAGGAAAUUAUGAUUCAAAAGCACAUCUCGCGGAGAUGAUAGCACUGCUUGGUCAACCGCCUAAGAAAUUGCUUGUAAUGUCGGAUUCCAUGGCACAGGUUGUUGAGUGGUCUCCGGCAAUCACAGACGAGAGGGGCAAGAUAUACAGUAAUAAUAGGGAUUAUUUUGAAGGACCGUUUUUUGAUGACAAGGGCAACUUCCUCUACGAUGAGCUGAUACCGACUCGGAAACUCGAAGAUACUGUUCCAUCUUUAGAAGCAGGCGAUAGGGAGGCUUGUCUGUCCUUUAUCAAACAAAUGCUGGCAUGGCUGCCCGAGGAGCGAAAGACGGAUCCGUUCCUCAACUGA